AAUUCCGAGACACAGGUGUGGGUGAAACCGGUGGAGCCUGUGGUGAAUGGCCAGUGGUCUCAAGUGGUCACAUAUCUGAAUAGGAGACCAAUGGGUCAUCCAAUCUAUAUAUCACACAAAGUGUCUGAACUGAUCCCAUCAGCGGUUAAAGAGACCAAAUACGAAGUACACGACCUGUUCCUCGAUGAGGGCAAAGAAGUGUUGGGAACCGUUACCAAAGAUGAUAAUCUGGAGCUAUUGGUUCACACAUCGGGUGCCGUCAGAGUUGUCAAGUUGUUAGUCAAAUAAAUGUUUUAAAAUUAAAAAAUGUCAUUAAAUUA